GUCAACGAUAGAUGAAUCAAUAAUUGGAGUGUUAUACAUGCUUGGUUCAUGCUAUAAAGUACUAUAAAGCUUGGCAUACUCACCAAAUCAGUUGGACAAAAUGAAUUUAAUCAACAGUGUUUCUGGCAAAACAUUGUCAAUUUAUUAUUUUGAACAAUUUUUGGGGAGUUUGAAUAGUCAAUCGAACUACUCAAGAAGAUUGAAUUUGGUGGUACAAAAACAGAGACAUCUGACCUUACAUAAUUCUGGUACUUUGGUUUUGUUUGAUAAAAAUUGCUAAAGUGAUAUCCAAGCAAAUCUUUGACAAUCGUCAUGGAUAUUAAAGCAAGAUGAGAACAGGUAUCUUGAUAUGAUUUAAUAGCGGCCAAAAUCCAAGCCUGGAGUCUUGAUUGCAACUUGAAAUUAUCAUUGAUUUAAUUUUUACCCAAAAUUUUCCUCAAACAUCUGACUUAUCUAUGGUAAACAACAAGGUAAACUCUGGCCAUCAAGAGCAAGAAGAAAACUGAUCAAACCUUGGCAUGUUGAAUAUGACGUCUGGAUGUAAAGAUGACGUCUCAAGAAAAUGCCUCGCUCAAUGUUUUGUCUCCAGUUUUCCUUGAAGGCAAACAACAUUUCAAAAGCGCUCUUUCUCCUUCUCUUGAUAAUUUGUUGAUAAUUUUCAUAGUAAACAUUGUUGUCAAUCUGUUUUGUUUCAAUCAUCGUCCAGUGAUCUUUGGAAAUAACUUAAACAUGAGAUUGUGUUUUACAAGAGUCUCUUAAAGUCCUAUGUGAAAUCAACCGUUAAACAUUACUUUACCAUUGUGCCAAAUAUUGAUAAUAGAUAAUUAACUAUUACCAUCGCCAUCAUCAGAAACACCAGAGUCAUUGGUACAAAUCUUUCUCUAAAUAUAUUGUCUCCUCUAUUUUCUGGUGAUGGGCAAGCUUACUGGUCUUCCUUUGUUUGCUAUUAUUUUUGGUGCAAUUGGUUUCACUGGAUUUUUCCUUCUCCCACCAAUUACCAGAAAGAUUAUUAAUCAGAAAAUCGUGCUAAGCAAUGGAUCAGCUUUGUUUACCUUUUGGAAAGAUAUGCCUUUGCCUGUGUUUCAUAAAUUUUAUUUUUACAACAUUACCAAUCCAUCUGAAGUGGAAAAUGAUGGUGCCAAACCUAAUCUAGUUGAACUUGGACCUUUUACUUAUCGUCUCAAAACUCAUAAUACUCCAAUCAUCAACCCAAAUGGUACUAUAAGCUUUUACCGGAAUCGAACCUGGAUUUUUGAUAGAGAAGCCUCUGUUAUGGAUGAGAAUGUUACUGUCUAUACAAUCAAUGCUCCUCUAGUGAUAACUUUAACUUGGAUUGAAAAAGUAUCAUUUACUAUGCGUAAAUUGAUUGAAGAAUUUUUAGCUUCCGUUGAUCAUGGUUUCAUUAUCGAAAAAAGCAUCAAAGAAUUGACUUUUCUUGGUUAUCCUGAUAUGUUAAUGGAACUUGGCUCCAUAGUUGCGCCUAAAGCUACAGCUGGCUAUAAUGGCAAAUUUGCCUAUUUUCACCAUAGAAACGGUACUAGUGAUUAUUUGUACACAAUUUAUUCCGGAGUUAAUGAUAUCAACAAGAUUAACCUACUGACUCGUAUUAAUGGCCAGGAUAAGCUUGGUAUCUGGGCUGAUGAACCGGGUGAAAAUGAAGCUUGCAACCGGUUUAAUGAUAGUACCCUGGGAGAAAUGUUUCCUUCAUUGAGGAAUAACCCGACUCAAACCAUCAAGUUAUUUACUCCAGACUUGUCUCGUACUCUCUCUUUUACCUAUCAAAAGAGUCACUUUCUUUUUAAAAGACUUGAAACAUGGAAAUACUUAUUUGCAGAUCACAAUUUUGCUAGUCCUUCAAUUUAUCCUCCAAAUAAGUGUUACAAUAGUUUGCUAACUAGCUACUCUUUUGACGGAUCCAAUGAAACCUUGCCUUCUGGAGUUUUUGAUGCAUCCACACCUAAUUAUGGCUUUCCAAUAUUCUUAUCUUUACCUCAUUUCUUGGGAGCUGAUCCUUAUUAUUUAACUAAGGUAAACGGGUUAUCACCAAACGAAACUGAUCAUUUAGCUUGGUUUGAAAUUGAACCAACUUCUGGGUCCACAGCAGCAGCCGCUAUUCGCCUCCAAUUAAACAUCGGAAUAACUCGCUCACAGGCAUUCAAAAGAAGUCAUAAAAUGCCAAAUAUAGUUUUCCCUGCUUUUUGGAUGGAAAUAAGCUUUUCUUUAAGUUCUGAUUUUGUUGGAUUACUCAUAUUGAUAAACACGCUUUUAUCGCUGGUGCCUACAUUGUUUUUAGCAAUAGGUGUUGGCUUAGCUGGUUUAUUCUUGUUCAUUGCCUCUCUUCAACUGAUCAUUCCUAAAAGAAGAAUCAGAAUCAAUGGCUGUCUGAAUAUAUUAACUUGUCAUCUUUAUCAAAUUGUAAAGGACGAUGAACAGAAGAUACUUGAUCCAGAGGAAAUGAAUGAUGAUCGCAACUAAAUUAUCACCCAUUGUGAUCAAGUCAAUGUCUUUGUUUCUGAAAAAAUAGACGAAACUAUCUGUGAUAAAUAGUUUGAUCUUAGCUGGACUUUUUAAUUUCAAACUCCACAUAGUCCAUGAACGAUGAAACUUCACAUAAUUCAACGUUUUUAUUCAAAAUUCAUCUCAUUUUUUCUAGUGACUUGAAGAUUGCGUCUAAUCACUUUGCUGCAAUCAUUUUUGCACUACACCAAAAGACAAAGUAUUCACCAACCUUGAUAUUUUUAAUUUCACCUCAUCCAUUGAAGUCUACUCUAAAUUGCGUGCCUAAACAUUUUCUAAUAAAUAUUUUCUCAUCACUUUU